AAUGCUUUUACUCGAAAGUCUCCAAUGGUAGUUAGUUAACCGUGGGUUCCGUGUGGUAGUUGUUUUGUUUUUGCGUCGAGUAGCCGCUGUAUUUCCUUCGUUUCCGGUAACGCGGUUCGUUUCCGGAUAGAUUUCGGUUUCCGGUACCACCAGGGUGACUUACCUAAAGGUAUCAGUACCCGGUUGCGCAUCGGUUAACUUACCUGAUAAGUUUGUGUUGGAUCAAAUCAGUGCCAUUUGUUGAAUGUCUUACUGAAGUAGAAAGGAAUUCGGUUCUGUAGGAGUGUUCAUAUAAAGAAUAAGUUACCUAAUGCUGUAUUGUUACAUUUACAGUGCGGAAAAUCGUGAACUAUAACUAGUACUAGAAGAGAUUUGUGCUCCUCCAGGUAAUAAUUGUUGCAUCACAAGUGAAAGUGGUGUCAUGAAGAACGUGGAUCAGUGGUGUGUCCGUUUUGGAUAAAUUAUUCGUAAUAGCAAUCGGAUUCAUGUGGGGUUCGAAUCAUCAGCAAAAGGGUGGCGCUAUCACACGCCACCCUUCAACAUUGGAGCCCCUUAAUCGAGGCGGGGGUUUCUUGGGGGGCAACAAAAAGUGGAAUACUCGGCCUGCAUCUUGGGCCGCUCCAGUCAAUGUUAAUAUUUUUCCUCCUGAAAGGAAUGGACAUACGCCGCCAGUGAAUGGAGGCGUUGGACGAGGAUUUGCUUCUAAGGUCGAUCCAGAACUAAUAUUCACUAAGCAGGAGCGAAUCGGUAAAGGAUCCUUUGGCGAAGUUUUCAAAGGAAUUGACAAUCGGACGACACAAGUUGUGGCCAUCAAGAUCAUUGAUCUAGAAGAAGCUGAAGAUGAAAUCGAAGAUAUUCAGCAGGAAAUCAUGGUGCUUUCCCAGUGUGACAGCCUUUAUGUCACCAAGUAUUUUGGAUCCUACCUUAAGGGUACAAAAUUGUGGAUUAUCAUGGAAUAUUUGGGAGGUGGCUCAGCAUUGGACUUGAUGAAAGCCGGCAAUUUUGAGGAGAUGCACAUUGCAAUUAUCCUGCGUGAAGUACUGAAAGGGCUGGAUUACUUACAUAGUGAACGCAAACUUCACAGGGACAUCAAAGCGGCAAAUGUGCUGCUAAGUGAGAUGGGAGACGUGAAAUUGGCUGAUUUUGGUGUGGCUGGACAGCUUACCAAUACGACAAGCAAAAGAAAUACGUUUGUGGGGACUCCGUUUUGGAUGGCACCCGAAGUGAUAAAACAGUCGGCUUACGAUUCGAAAGCAGAUAUAUGGUCUCUAGGAAUAACCGCAAUUGAAUUGGCAAAAGGAGAGCCUCCGAACUCAGAACUGCAUCCGAUGAGGGUUCUGUUUCUGAUACCAAAAAAUAGCCCGCCUCAACUUACCGGCAGUUACAGCAAACAGUUCAAAGAGUUUGUGGAGGCGUGCUUGAACAAAGACCCUGAAAAUAGACCGACAGCCAAAGAAUUGCUCAAAUACCCGUUUAUUAGAAAAGCAAAGAAGAAUUCGUAUUUAAUAGAUCUAAUUGAUAGGUAUAAGAAAUGGAAGUGCACGCGAAACGAGGAAAGUGAAACCGAAUCCGAACAUUCAGACUCGGACGAACCCAAACAGGACAGCGAUAUCGAAUCAACCGAUUGGGUUAUGACGGUGAAGGGAAAUCAUUUGAAAAUGCACUCAGAAGAGAUCACAACCUCGAAUCAUAACACGACCUACCAGAAUGGAUCCACCUCAGCCAUUGCUCGAUCGCCUCCUACGGAUGCCAAUUUAAAUCACUACAGACCGGAGAAAACUUUGCAGCCAGUAAGUCAGCCAUCGCAGCCUGUCCAGGACAGUCGAAAGGAGCGAAACGACCGCGACCAUCACCAUCGAAGUGAUAGAGAUCGAGACAAAGAACGGGAGAAACGCAACGCAGCCCCUCAACAAUCAAUUUCAAAAGAAGCCACCCCAUUGGACCAUCGGGGAGAUGUUGGCUUUCAGUCAGAAGUCAGAGAAAGCAAAAAGCAGAGUGUUAAAUCGCCGUCGGGUAAUUCAGGACAAGCUAAAAGCGAUCUGCGAGAGGGUAGACCGUCAACAUUGACCGGAUUUAUUUACCCGUUAAUGUCAGAUUUGCAAAGGAGGCAUCAUUACAAUGGCAGGGGUAGCGCUGAGAGAUCUCACAAGUCAAGCGACGCCAUAGAAGAAUUGAAGAAUGCAUUUGAAAUAGCCGAACGAACGAGUCCUGGUAUCAGCGAUAUGUUUGUGUCCGAACUGGUGCAAAAAUUAGUGCCAUCCAUAUCUGAUCAGAAACUCAAAGGGGUUUUAGACAGAUUGAAACAUUCAGCAUAGAAAAAUUAGAAGGAAUUCAAUGAAAUUUCUGCUAAAUAAAAUAAUUAGUUAACUAAUUCCGACGAAGUUCUAUAGAGUUUUUUUAAUACACCUUUAACAUGACAAUAUUCUGUCCACUAAAUUGUUCUAAACACUUGUAACGGGUUUGAUAUGCAGGCAUUGUGCAUUGAUUUUAUAUAUUAAAUCCGUUGAUUGCGGUCAAUUUAUUGAAAUUAAAUUAUUUAAAUAUACCUACACCGUUAGUGCAUGCUGUUCAAGACCUCCAUAGGAUAUUUUGUAAAUUACUUUAGGAAUCAUUGCCAAGUCCAAGUCAGGAUUGUUGUAUAUAUUGUAUAUCUAGAUUAUCAUAGGGUCAUAUUUUGUCUUGGAAUGUAUUUUUUAUAGAUGUGUAUAUACUAUAAAUAUAUAUAUUUUAUUUUUAAUUAACAGGUGUUCAGUUGUUUUCAACAGUUUGUGAUUUACCAGCAUGCGAUUGUUCAGGAGCAAUUUUUUAAUUUGAUUGUUGAUCCGGCCGACUUUUUUGAAUUUUUGAGCAACUGAAUUAACAGCGAGGUUAUUCAAUAUUGCUUUCAACAUUUGAGAUGAGAUAUUUGUAUUCGCACCAUUUGCACGCUGUUAAAUCACAAACAAACUUAUUGACAUGACUAGAAUAUAACUCUAAGUAUUAAAGAUGUGAAAUAUGUAUAAGCUCAGAAUGUAUGGCAUAUUUUCAGUGUCAAGGAUAGUUUAUCUUUAUUAAAGGAGUGAAAUAUUUAAUGUUCAAUGAACUAUCUGCUGAACUGCAGAGUGGAUAAUUCAAUUAUGUGCAUAUGAAUGUAUUCACCUGCAGUGGGUACGUGUUCACUUUUUAUUGAUUCCAGGAGCUCUUCGUUUACAAGUUUUCUGAUUUGUUGGAACAUUUUUUCAAGAACUAAUGUACUUGCCAUUUUAGAAUAUUCCUUCUAUAAACUGUUGAGUAUAUGCAGAAUGUUAGGGUAUCAAAAUGUCUUUGGUCGAAUUUAAAAUAUCAACAGAACAACUUUUUAAUGUUUUCUUCGUGUUUUAUUUAGCAGAUUUUAUCAGUUUCUGGCAUACUUAGCGCCACAAUGACACACACAUUGAUUUUUUCAGGGCAAUGAAAUGACAAUUCAGAUUAACAGUUUGAAGGAAAAAUAUAUAAUGAUACACAAGAGUAACUGAUCUUGGACUUAAAUGGUAAUUCUAUAAAUAAGUCUAAUUAAAAACUAUCCUUCUAUCCAUGAUAGAUUAGAGACUGUACAGUUCUUUAACGAUACAUUUACUUCUAAUUAUAUUACAGGUAUUAAAAGACUUAUUACUGUACUGAAUACUGUUUAACGGUACAUGAAAGCUAUCGAAAUUAAUACUGGGUUAAGUGUGAUGUUUGUUGAAAGUUCACUCAGAAAUCAGAUGUAAAAGGGUUUAAUGAUGAUCGUAGUUUUACUUGUUUUUUCCCAUUAAUUUGGUGUACGCAAAAAAAAAUCUGAGGAGAUUUUACCACUUGUAAGUUCGUAACCGAAAAUGUUUUAUUCAUUUGUGUCGUCACUAUUCCCGAUUUUUUUCCAAUUAAGUUAAAAAUAAUCCGUUAAUCCAUCAUCCACUGACCUUUUAGUAAUACUGUGAUAUGAGUGAACACAAUAAAAUAGGCUUAUAUAAGAGACGAUCUAAGCACUCUCUUGCAAAGGUUUGUAUUCGAUGUAAAAUAGUAACGUUUGCAAGAGCAGUUGUUACCUCCUUGUUGAUUUAAUUGUUAUUUAGAGUUCCAAUGUAGGUUUAAGUGUAUCACACGGCUUAAGGCCAUUUGGACUUCACUAAUCAUUAACAAAUUAAUUUAGUUUUCCUGUACAAAAAGUAUGUAUAUUAAUAAAGUUUAUUAUUAUUAUUAUUUCAAA